AAGAUAAAAAAAAAAAGGGGGGGACGGUGGCCGGUGGUCGGUGCGUAUAACCGAGGCAGGGGCUGCUGCUUUUUCCAGACCGGUCGGUAAACUAUAGCCAAACAGUUCGGUGACGGCGGAACAGCCAAUGAACAUAAAUGGUGCGUCGUGACGCAACAGGGCCCCGUUGAUAAGGAGCGGAGAGUCCAACCGGGACCUGAGAAGGAGGAACGGCGGUUUUGGGGGGCCAGCAAACACUCGCCUAUCAUCAGUCAACGUAAAGCCAACUCCUCCUCUUCUGCUGUUACGCACAUGCAUCCUCCUUGGCAAAAGACAAAACACUAACUAAACAAAACAGACUACUGUAAAGGAAAAGCGCUUCUCACAGACGGCCGUCGGGAUUUUAGAGAUGAAAAAGCUUUUUCUGUUUUUCUUUUUUUUUUCUCCCAUAUUUUCUCUGCAAAAAAGUAGUUUGAGCGACAUAAAUCAGCUGCUGUGAGCAUCAACUUGGACUGUUGAACCUGGAGGAGGGGAAGAAGCUUUUUUUUUUGGAAAUAUCUUGUAUUUUCUCUCUGACUGUGUGGUGCAGUAGAAGGCUGCUGCCCAGCUUUGCCAGUUGUACAGAUUAACUUGUUCUGCAAAAAAAAAGGGGAGAAAUUUUGCGAAUGCCUUGCAGACUGCCGAAAGCUUGAAAUAUUACUCCCGGUGAGGAGGAAGCAUCGGUGCCGAGACCCGUGCAGCGGGGGCUUCCAUAGUUGGUAUGUUUAUUCACCGUAAAUGGAAAAGAAAAAAUAGAAAGAACAAUUGGUAACAGCAAAGAAAUAAUAUCACACCUGAGAGAAAAAAUAGAUUCCGGUCGGCACAGCGAGAGAAGCGGAAUCUGUACCCUUAUUUAUGAAUUAAUCAUAGCUUAUUAAUAAUGAGAGCUGCAGAGAUUCGGAUGACGGUUUCCAUUGGCAGAUGAGACGUAGUGUGGAGAACACGUGUCCAAUUUUUCCCUCAUAUUUUUUCCUCCCUGAUCUGGAUUUCUCACUUGUCACGGCAAGAAAGGAAAAACCUCCGAAAGACUGAAUUUUGAGUGGCGUUAUUGCGCAGGGUUUCGCCUCUGAUGGACAUCUUGGCUUGCAGAUCCGAAGAGAACAGUUAUAAUAUCCUCCCCUCUGCGGCAACGAUGCUUUUCCAUGGCCUCCCUGGAGGCGACGUGCACGGUGUGGUGGAAGAAAUGGACCGGAGAGGAAAGAGCGAGUCAGCAGCCAUCAGCUCAGCCAUCGAUAUGGGGGAAUCAGAGACGUCCAUGCCGUGUAUGAACAGCGAGCGCGUCGCUCUGUGCGCGGGCUGCGGCAGGAAGAUCGCGGACCGCUACUACCUGCUGGCCGUGGACAAACAGUGGCACAUGCGCUGCCUCAAGUGCUGCGAGUGUAAACUCAACCUGGAGUCUGAGCUCACCUGCUUCAGCAAGGACGGCAGCAUCUACUGCAAGGAGGACUACUACAGAAGAUUUUCGGUGCAGAGAUGCGCUCGGUGCCACCUGGGGAUCUCAGCCUCGGAGAUGGUGAUGCGGGCCCGGGACCUGGUCUACCACCUCAACUGCUUCACCUGCACCACCUGCAGCAAGAUGCUCACCACCGGGGACCACUUUGGCAUGAAGGACAGUCUGGUGUACUGUCGGCUGCACUUUGAGACUCUCAUCCAGGGAGAAUAUCAGACACAUUUUAACCACGCGGACGUUGUCCCGCACAAAGGCCUGGGCCCGGCCAACACGCUCGGACUAUCCUACUUCAACGGCGUGGGGACAGUGCAGAAAGGCCGGCCCAGGAAGAGGAAAAGCCCCGGGCCGGGGGCCGAGCUGGCUGCUUAUAACGCAGCUCUGAGCUGCAACGAGAACGACGGCGAGUCCAUGGACCGGGACUCCCAGUACAGCUCCAGUCAGAAGACCAAGCGCAUGCGAACGUCCUUCAAGCAUCACCAGCUGAGGACCAUGAAGUCCUACUUCGCCAUCAACCACAACCCAGACGCCAAGGACCUCAAGCAGCUCGCCCAGAAGACCGGCCUCACCAAGCGGGUCUUACAGGUCUGGUUCCAAAAUGCUCGAGCCAAGUUCAGGAGGAACUUGCUGCGGCAGGAGAGCACCGGCGUGGACAAGGCGUCCGACGGCUCCACGCUGCAGGGCGGGACGCCGUCAGGCCCGGCCUCAGAGAUCUCCAACGCCUCCAUGAGCCCCUCCAGCACCCCCACCACCCUGACAGACUUGACCAACCCCACCAUGCCCACCGUCACCUCCGUGCUCACCUCGGUGCCGGGCGGCAUGGACGUCCACGAGUGCAGGAGCCCAUCACAGACCACGCUGACCAGCCUCUUCUGAUGGACGGAGCCGCGUCACAUCCCCUCCUCCUCCUCCCCCAC